AUGGUCACCUUCGAGGGCGAAGAUCUCCUUUACAACCUGGCUUAUGAGUGCGAAGCCCUCUUUGACCAUCUGCAAGGCACCUUACGGAAGACAAAGUCCUCAGACGGGAUUGAACAAGUCUGCGGCGAAUUCCAACAACGGUUUGCGAUAUGGGCCGCACAUCUCGGCGUCUUUGCUCGAAAGAGUCAAUGUCUGGAUACGAGACUCCAGAACCUGCCCGACCUUCAAGAUCUUGUGGCAAGACUCCUGGACAUCUUGCGCCGCAGCCUGCAGCAGUGUACGAUCGAACCGCCCAGCCAGGGUGGAAAUGACGAGAUCAUGAUACAAACGGUGGUCCUUAAAACAAUCGACGAUACUCUCACUCGACUAAAUCGUCUGGGGGCUACCAUUCGCCAGUCCGGUCGUGGCAAUCUCGAUACCAGAGUAAAGAGGUUUGCUGCAGGCCUCGAUCUAAGCUCAUUCGCACGUUUAUGCGCAGAGGCCGUACAGGCCCUAUACCCUGGUGCCCACCAGUCUCUCAAAGAACGUCUCAGCAAGUCAAUGACGGACAGAUAUACAAGGAUGCUUUUUCUUGACUCUCGGCAUCAAAAGCUUCAGACUCGUCGUGAACCUCCCAUAGGGCUGCCUCCUAUUCAUGAAAUGCCCACAAGCGAGAUGCAAACCAACACCCCCCUCCCACAACUGACGAUGGGGAUCAGAAGCAGAGCAAUAGAUAAGCUUUCACGCCCGUCUCCUGCAUUCUCUCAGUCAGAUUUGUCCAGCGUCAACCUUCAGCAGAUCAAAAGUCGUCGAAGGCCGCCUGACGAAGCGUCGACCAAGCUUCACAAGACUUCGUCAAUCCAAGUAAACCAGGGCAACUAUCCCCAUAUCCCCGCUGCAACACAAAGCAGCGGCGUCUUCACCUGCCCGUGGUGUUCAGAGCUGCUCAGCAAAAAGACGCUCUCGGCAAGCGAAUGGCGCCGACAUAUAGAUCGAGACCUCAAGCCUUACAUUUGUCUCUCAGAAGCAUGUCCAGAAGCUCACCCAGCCUAUGCCACGUUUGAUGAAUGGUACAGGCACAUGGAACUUCAUGAUAGGAGGUGGCACCAGCAUACUUACUUGACUUCCAGCUGGGUGUGCACCAUUUGCGAACUCAGCUCGGACAAUUACAACAGCCCACAAGCCCUAUACUUGCAUCUGGAAGAGUCGCAUGCUACCGAAUUUUCGCACCCGCAACUGCAGGCAAUCUCUAGACAGAGCAAGACCGAGCAGCCAAGAGCUUCAAACGACUGUCUUCUCUGCUGUUUUGCAGUGGAGGCACAAGGGAACAUUGGCGAGGCAGUGUUUCCUAAGCGUCGAAAGGGGCAGACGAAGCAACAGGCCAGUAAAAGUGCCAGGAAGACUCUCGAGAUGGCACAUCCUAGUCCUCACAACUCAGACUCUGAGUUGUCGGAUACCUCCUCUGAUUCAGACAACAUGGGCUCUGAUCAUGGCAAGGAACGUAGUAAAAGUCGUUUGAAGGCAGUAAGCCGGCACGUUGCGGUCCAUCUACAAGGGCUGAUGCUUCUGACGCUACGCUUUGCAGCGGCUUUGCAGGAUAUCGACGGGGACGUGGACGAUGGCACGAAAAGUGACUCCGUCGAUAUCAACGAAGGCAACAGCGCUUCUGACGGAACGGAUUUGGGAAGGCUUUCACAUGUUGCCUCCGAAGACGAUAUCACCACGAAGGAUGGUAGCGAUAAGGGAAACGGCGAGGGCGAUGUACAGUGGGGAGUUAAAAGUCACGAUUCGCUUUCACCGUGCACUGCUCAUUGCAUGUAA